GCAGCCGAUGGCCGUUGCGGCCCCGGUGUGGUGGAAGAUGGCUGUGUCGCGGUGGCUGCGGUGCUGCCAACGAGCCUUCGCCUGGCUGCCCGUCCUGAUCAUCACCCUCGUCGUGCUCUGGUCCUAUUACGCCUAUGUCUGCGAGCUGUGCCUGGUGACUCUGAGCAACCCAGUAGAAAAAGUGGCCUAUCUUAUAAUAUUCCAUAUUAUCUUUGUGCUCUUUGUGUGGACAUACUGGAAGUCUAUUUUUACUCUCCCGGUGCAGCCAGGUAAAAAGUACCACAUGUCCUAUGCUGACCAAGAGCGGUAUGAAAACGAAGAAAGGCCAGAGGUGCAGAGGCAGAUUCUGGCUGAAAUCGCGAGGAAGCUGCCGGUGUACACGAGGACAGGGAGCGGAGGUAUUCGGUUCUGUGAUCGGUGUCAGCUGAUAAAGCCUGAUCGUUGUCACCACUGUAUUGUUUGUGCCAUAUGUGUGCUAAAAAUGGAUCAUCACUGCCCAUGGGUGAAUAACUGCAUUGGAUUUUCUAACUACAAAUUCUUCCUACUCUUCUUAGCCUACUCUUUGUUGUAUUGCUUGUAUAUUGCUGCCACAGUCUUCAAGUAUUUCAUUAAGUACUGGACAGGUGAGCUGACUAAUAGACGUUCCAAAUUUCACGUCCUUUUCCUCCUCUUUGUGGCGGUCAUGUUCUUUGUAAGCCUUAUGUUUCUGUUCGGCUACCACUGCUGGCUCGUUAGUAGGAACAGAUCCACUCUAGAGGCUUUCUCAGCUCCUGUGUUUCAAAACGGCCCAGAUAAAAAUGGCUUCAAUCUUGGCUUCGUAAAGAACCUUCAGCAAGUGUUUGGAGAAGAAAAGAAGCUCUGGUUGCUACCCAUUGCCUCUAGCCAGGGCGAUGGGCAUUUUUUCCCCAUGAGAGCUUUGUGUGAAGCUCAGAAUCCUCUCCUAGCAAAUGAAGAGCAGUGGGAAGAUGAUGGAAUGGAUGAAGAACCUGAUGCUUCCCUCUCAGGAGUCAGCGUCCGGGACUUCAGUUCUGAGGGACAGAAAACAAGUGGAUCUUCAGGAUGAGAACAUCACGGAGCAUCAUCUGAUUGGAAUCUGCAUUCCAGAGUGCUUUUCCAGGAAUCCUGCCAUCCAGAUGUCUCAAGGCUUUCUAAGUUUUAAGUUAUGGAGUGAACAGAACAGUUUUAUAAAGGGAUUGUGGCCAACCAGCUUUGGCCUGCUCUUUGUUUUAUAAAAACUCUAUAUUUUUUAUUCACAAUAGGUGUACAAAUACUGACCUGAGCGCAGUUCAAAGGCCUUUUCGUUUUGCAGACAUCAGGGACUCGAGCUCUUGAGGUUCUUCGAAGCCAUAAUGCUCUUGGGGAUGGUGUUUAUCAUGAGACUGAUUCUCCAGCCUGCUCUGACAAGUGGCAUCUUCUGACACCUUUAAAGUUCUGAGUCAGUUCAACUCCGUGAGAGACGAACCCACUGAAAUUUGGCACUAAAUUGACAGUUGGAGCUAAGUGUGUUGAAAGACAAAGUGCUGAACAUGCAUUAUACAUGUGCAGCUGCGCAUGAAACUAGAACACAUUGCCAGAACCGAGAGUCAAGAAUAUUGUGGCCGUGGGAGGGUGUAAUUGUCUUAGAGUUUCAACGUCCUUUAUGCCCAGUCCUACUUGCAGGCACCUAAAAUGCAAAAGGGACCUGUGGACAGUAGAGUUUGUGUUAAUUCCUAGGGCUGCAAUACCAGCUCAUCCCUGGACCAGUGUUUGAUGGACAUUCGUGUGUUUGUGGAGUCAGGGGAAGGUGUAAACUCUGAACGUGUGAGUUAGAAAUGCACUGAGAGCUUCACCCCAGCAGCAGAGUCUGGAGUUUACACCUCACAAGGGUGGGUUUAGUCCUGUAAUGCUGAACAGCCAAUGCUUACAUUGAACAUUUUCAAGCUUCUCCCUAUGUACAUGGGCUGGUUGGUGGUUUGAAGGGUUUUCAGCACUGAGGUGAUUGGGGUUUUUCUUCCUUCAGCUCCAUUUGCAGUCAGGGAUGUACCACUGGGUUUAGUCUGUGGACUGGAACUGAGGAUUUGCUGCAGGAUUACACACAUUUUUCUACACCCGAGUUUUUUUUAUCUGCAUGAUUCAGAGCUGGCAGCUCCAUCACUCCUGUGAAUUAGGUGCAUGCUUCAAGUAUCAGUAGACUGCUUUUAGGAUCAUUGGUUCCCAGUUUUGUGUUUGUUUAUCAGCUCAUUGUGUUGACAGUGACUGCAGCAGCAGUUGUGCAUGUCAGGAGAAAUUGCCUGAUAAGUAUCUGGUGACAAAGGCACUGAGCCCUUUUCCUGUUUGCUACUGCUACUGGUGGAAAUGUGUUUAUGAGGCAGGAGUCUUGCAGGUUUCCUGUCCACUGGAGUGGAUGUUUAACUCCCUGGUGUAAACCAUGCCCUGCACCACAGGUAUUUCACACAUCAGCCUCUGUAGUUGGGUAUAGGACAUGCAGUGACCUCAGUACAACAUCAGUUCAGGACAGGCUCACCCAGGCUGAGUGUGGGUGAUGCUGACUUCUCAGAGCCACAGGGAGCAAUCUGGGUGUUCCUGUUUCAGCCCCUCUAACCACAUCUGAUGGAUGUUUCUGUCAAAUGGCUGUUGAGUGCUGAAACUGCUUUUCUUGUCAGUCUAAACCUGCAUUGCUAAUGUAAAUCUCUUGGAGGACCCUGACCUGUGUUUGAUGAAAGAUGCGGUAGAAUUAAUCACCUCGUUGCUAGCAAAACAUGUUCUGGAGGGGGCUGUUGAGAGGAGGAUGGCAGCUAAACACAAUAGGAAAUGUGUAGGAAUUUAGCACCCACAGAGGUGCCAUUUGUGCCUUUUAAAACUCACAAUUCCUCUUACACAGUAACAGGAAGAUGAUCUGGUGACCUCCUGUUUCAUUCUGUCAGCUGAAGUGUGGUUUGAAGACAGGAGUAUGAGCUGUGUCAGAAGCCGUGUGGAUUUACAGGAGCUCUCUGAGCAGGUUCCUGUGCCCUGGCUGGAUUUGUUUCUGGUCCCAGCCAUGUCAUUGUUCCAGUGCUGGGUCUCUGCCAGGCAGCAGCAGCACAAGAGCUGCCUCCAAGGUGUGCAGGCAGCAUUCCUUCCUGCUGGCUGCAGCACUGCUCAGGAGGUAGCAGAGGAUCGGUGUUUGUCUUAUUGUUAAAACAGAUGUCUUUGUGGUGACACAGCUCUCCUGCUCAGUUAGAAACAGCUUUAAAGGUUUCUGAGUGACUUAGAAACGUUAAUUGCAAUUAGUUAUGCCUGGUUUUCCCCUUUCCUUAACAGCAGCUCCACCUCACUUGGUCCAGGUAGAAACAACAAAUAGUUUGAGAGCUUCAGAGCCGCUUCACAUCAACAGUCACACGUCGGGGUUGGAAAACUCCAGAAUGAGCCAGGAAACAAACACAAAAGUGGUGUAAAAAUGAGGCAGAAGAGCAUGUGGGAAACUUGCUGAUGCCACAGACACAAGUGCAGGUGGCAUGUGCCUCUUGCAGUUGGUGUUCCUAGCCUUUGAAGAGGCUGUUAACAGGGAUGUGGGCAGUGUACAGGCAGCAGUUUUGCUCUCGGCCCCUGCUACCCAUGCUUUUAAAGCUGGGCUGCCAUUUACUUUUUCAAUGGACUUUUUUGUUUCCUUAGCUUCCGAAAGCUGCAUACAAAGCUUGUGAUAAAUGCAGGAUGUGUAAAGUUCUGUCAGUUAUGCCUGGUAAAUGCACUGGAAAACAGGAAUUCCUCAGGCUGUCUGUAGUCACUGCUGCAGGUAACGAGUGAAUAUGCACUGCAGUUGGAGUUCAGGCCAAGUGCAGGCUGUUCUGCCUUGCCUGUGGCCUGUUUGGGUUGUAUGGCAGCAUUUUACAGAUCCAUUUUAUGUCCUUUGUGUGAAGACUUGCUGUGAGCAGCCCUUCUGCAUGGAUGUGUCUGAGUGAGGAACAAACGCUCUGCUGGGUUUUGCUGUGCUGCCACCAUCCCAUCCCUGACCUCCAGAAUAAUGCUCCCAAGUGACCAACCCGCAGGGACCACCUCCUGCUCUCCUCCUUCUCACCCAUGUACGUUCAGGUACACUGAACUCUUAAGCAGAAAACAUCACAUUGAUGUUUCUAUGGAUACUAUUGGGUGGGCAAGUCCCCUCCUUGGCCACCGAGUCCUAUCCAGGAAUGAAGAGCUCCAUAAGCUGCACUGCGCUGUCAUUCUGCAUUGUCUGUUGCUGGGUUGGUACAGUGUUUUUGGAGUAGGAUAUGGUUAUGUUCCAUUGCAGAGGAAGCGUCCUGUGUAGUUUUAGUGGGCUGUACCUAGUGCAGGUAGCUAUGAGAACCAGGAAGCUUCCCAGCAGCCCUGCAGGGAUGUUUACUUCCUGGAGCAAACCAGCAGACUCUAUAGACUAGCUGUAGUCAUUAGCUCCGAGUGCUGAUGUGGACUGAAAGCACAACCUAGUAGUAGUUACCAAACCUGCUGCAUAAAGUCUGUAACAUAAUAUGAAUGUAAGUGUUGGGGGGGGGGUGUUAAAAAGAAUUUACUGUUUCUUCCCCAAAGCCAGAACUAAAGGACGAUGUGCUGAGGUGGGUUCAGGGAUGUCAGCAGAGCACAUUCACUGUAGAGCUGGCUCCAUCACAGGAGUGUUCCAUCAUCAGAUGAAUGAGGUGCUGCUGACCUUAGCAAGCCACAAUUAAGUAACUCAAAGGGUGGGUGACUUGUGUGGUACCAACUGUUGCAUUUGAUCCAUAGUACUUGAAAAUACCUUGAUCCUGAGAUCUUUCCAGUUCUGUCAGGUUGGGGUUUGUUACAGAAUCUUACAAACUCAUUCUGAAGCCACCAGUUACAGCGUUUCCCUGCGGAGCGGGGUUCGUUAGAGGCACUGGUCUGGUGGAGCUCCGCAAGAGCACUGCUGGUGCUGUUCCUGCUAAAUGCUUUAUUUCCUUUCCUAGUGAUGAGCUCCCAGAUCAUACCCACUGCCACACAGCUUUAUUCUUGUUCCAUCUUCCUCUUCCUCCUGAAUAUAUCAGCUAAAAUACUGCCAGUUUUCAGCUGUCUAUGGUGGGUUUUGGACCCUGUGCAGGUGAGUGGCUGUCACUUCGAGCACUUGUGCCAUGUAUUUGUACCUAAUCUGAAUGGCAGGUGUGGGUCUGCGGUUCUCCUCGCUCAGGCUCGGCUUUGCACAGGGCAGUGGGAUCCAUCUGCCCGUGUUGCUUUUCUCUCUUCCCUAAAAACGUUACUUUCUCCUUUCCUAGCUCCCAUUUGGAAUGUAAACCUUGUGAGAUAAACCCUAAGUUUACAUUUCCGAGACCAGCCCGCACGGUGGUGAUGCUUUCAUGCUGCUUAAAAUAGUGUUAUUUAUUUUUCUCUAUGAGGUUUUCAGAUGUGCAGCAGCUCGGGAUGUGCCACUCUCAGCUGUGUUGUUUCAUACCAAUUCCUCACUCUUGGAUUUACUGGGAAGUGGCACAACAGCUCCACUGAUGACAUGAGUUGGGUUCAGAUUAAUGCUGCUGCUGACAUUGAGACUUUUGAUAUCAAAUGGGUUUUUACAAAAGCUUUGGAUACUCGUUUUUACUGUCUGACAAACAUUGCUGUUGUUACGCUUUGUGUAUGUUCCACUAGUGUUCUCCUGGUGUUCGUAUGGUUUCUACAGGUGAAUAUCCUCUACGGUCUGCUGUCAUUUUCUAUUACGGUUUAUACAAGAGAGCCUGCACGCUUUGUACUGCACUGCAGGCAAGGGCUGCAUUAAACCCACUUUUGGCCAAUUUA